ACCUGGAGUCUCCCCCGGCGCACGCCUUCAAGAUGACGAGCUUCAAGAAGGUGAAGGCGUGCGGGAUCUGCCGGCAGGCCAUCACGCGCCAGGGCAGCACCUGCCGAGGCUGCAAGCUCUCCUGCCACACCAAGUGCCAAAGCAAGGCUGCUACUCCCUGCUCCCCUGCUGUCAACUAUGAGCUGCCGUCCCCAGGGCAGAGCAUCACCAAGCAGGUGGACACCCCGGACGCCACGAGGUCCCCCAGAGGCGGGCAGGCACACCGCAAAACAGCCAGGAGCAUGAGUGUGACAGCAGCCAUGGAGAGCAGCUGUGAGCUGGACCUGGUGUACAUCACGGAGCGCAUCAUUGCUGUCUCCUACCCCAGCACAGCUGAGGAGCAGAGCUUUCGCAGCAACCUCCGCGAGGUGGCCCACAUGCUGAAGUCCAAGCAUGGGGACAACUACGUGCUUUUCAAUCUGUCAGAGCGCAGACAUGACAUCAGCAAACUUCACCCCAAGGUGCUGGAUUUUGGAUGGCCUGACCUGCACACGCCGGCACUGGAGAAGAUCUGCAGCAUUUGCAAAGCUAUGGACACGUGGCUGAACGCGGCGGCUCACAAUGUGGUGGUGCUGCACAACAAGGGGAACCGAGGCCGCCUGGGGGUAGUGGUGGCUGCCUACAUGCACUACAGCAAUAUCUCAGCCAGUGCUGACCAGGCUCUGGACAGGUUUGCCAUGAAGCGCUUCUAUGAGGACAAGGUGGUGCCGGUGGGACAGCCCUCCCAGAAGAGGUACAUCCACUACUUCAGUGGGCUCCUCUCUGGCAGCAUCAAGAUGAACAACAAACCCCUCUUCCUGCACCACGUCAUCAUGCACGGCAUCCCCAACUUUGAAUCGAAAGGCGGUUGUCGGCCCUUCCUGAAGAUCUACCAGGCCAUGCAGCCUGUCUACACAUCAGGGAUCUACAAUGUGCAAGGGGACAGCCAGACGGGCAUCUGCAUCACCAUCGAGCCGGGGCUGCUGCUCAAAGGCGAUAUCUUGCUCAAGUGCUACCACAAGAAGUUCCGCAGCCCGACCCGUGAUGUGAUUUUCCGCGUGCAGUUCCACACUUGCGCUGUGCACGACUUGGACAUUGUCUUUGGCAAGGAGGACCUGGAUGAAGCAUUCAGAGAUGAACGCUUCCCUGAAUAUGGAAAGGUGGAGUUUGUGUUCUCCUAUGGCCCUGAGAAGAUCCAAGGCAUGGAGCACCUAGAGAAUGGCCCCAGCGUCUCAGUGGACUACAACACAUCCGACCCGCUCAUCCGCUGGGACUCCUACGAGAACUUCAACAUCCAGCGUGAGGACAGUGCCGAGGGGGCCUGGGCUGAGCCAACACUGCCGGGGAAACAUCUGGAGAAAGAGGUUGGGCACACACAAGGGCCCCUGGACGGGAGCCUCUACGCUAAAGUGAAGAAGAAAGACUCCCUGCACGGCAGCAUCGGCGCUGUCAACACCGCCCGCCUCCCCCUUUCGGCAGCCCCCAACCACGUUGAGCACACACUGUCGGUGAGCAGCGACUCGGGCAACUCCACCGCCUCCACCAAGACCGACCGGACGGAUGAGCCGGGGGCUCCCGGGGCACCCGGUGGCCACGCGGUGCUGAGCCCCGAGGAGAAGCGGGAGCUGGACCGUCUCCUAGUCGGCUUUGGCUUGGAGAGCGCAGCGCCCAUGCACAACCACGCACCGGGCCCCGAACCUGCCCGCAUGCCCACUGGGCCAGGCCGACAUGUAGUGCCAGCCCAGGUGCACGUCAAUGGUGCUGGCACACCACUGCUGGCCGAGCGGGAAACGGACAUCUUGGAUGAUGAACUGCCCAACCAGGAUGGGCACAGCGUGGGCAGCCUGGGCACGCUCUCGUCCUUAGAUGGUACCACCACUGCCAGCGAGGCUGGCUUCCAUGAGGCGCCACGUGUGGGCAGCCUCUCCUCCCUGCCCAAUGGCCCGGCUAGCUACAAUGGGGCUGAGAAGAUGCUGAAGGAAGGGCUUUAUGAGGCUGAGCCUCUCUCCAAUGGUGCCUACCCUUACAGCAACCAGAAUACCCUGAUGGGCCACCACCUCCGUGACCCGCUGGCUCACUUACGGCCCUCAGCGUCCGGGCAGGAGCACCUGGCUGGGUACCCACAGCGGCAGCCAGCUUCAGCUUCACCGGCCUGGCUCCAGCCUCCGGUCCCCCAGCCCUACCUGUACGGUUAUGACCUACCCAGUGCCCACCGCUCACAGUCUUUUCCAGCUGUAGGGACAGCCAAGUAUGAAGCGAACCCGGCAUUACCACAGGCUCCAGCUCGCAGCACCAGCAGCCGGGAGGCUGUACAGCGGGGCCUGAAUUCCUGGCAGCAGCAGGGCGGCAGCCGACCUCCAUCCCAGCUUCAUGAUGGUGGGUUGGAAAGCCACAGCCCCAGCCUUUCCAGCUGCAGCCCCCAGCCCAGCCCGCUGCAGCCCAUGCCCCCGCACAGCCACAGCAUGCCCGAGUUCCCCCGGGCUCCAUCACGCCGAGAGAUUGAGCAGUCCAUUGAAGCACUUGAUGUCCUCAUGCUGGACCUUGCACCCUCCGUCCAUAAGUCACAGAGUGUCCCUUCCGCAGCUGCUCGCCAGGACAAGCCGGCUGCCAUGCUCUCCUCGUUAUCUGCACAGCCACUCAGUGGUCACUAUGCUCAGCCAGCCCCACAGGUGGUCCAGCCCAGGUCCUUUGGCGCCUCUGUGGGCACUGAUCCCUUGGCCAAAACCUACUCACCUGGUCCUCUGGUUCCUGCGGCUCGAAGUACUGUAGAACCAAACUACACCGUGCAUGAGUACCGGGAAACCUAUACUCCCUAUAGCUACCAGCCGGUGCAGGAGCCUCGGAGCUAUGGCAGUGCCCCAUCGAGCAUCCUUCCGCUCAGUGCCUCGUACAGCCCUGCAGGGUCUCAGCAGCUUCUCGUCUCCUCCCCGCCAUCCCCCACUGCAACAGCACAAAGCCAGCUGCCCCACAAGGGACUGGAGAGCUACGAAGACCUGUCGAGGUCGGGAGAAGAGCCUUUGAAUCUGGAAGGGCUGGUGGCCCACAGGGUGGCAGAGUACAACGCCAAGCUCAGGGACCUCAACAAGAGCACCAAAGCCCCCCGUCCUCCUCUGAACCAGCAACGGUCCUCCUCCGGGGUGCAGUCCCGGGAGAAGUCCCCAGAGGAGAGCACCGUCUCUGCCCGAAGGCAAACCCCCAGUGACAGCCACUAUGAGAAGAGCUCACCGGAACCCAGUUCUCCCCGCAGCCCCACUGUCCUCUCACCUGAGGUGGUCAGCACCAUUGCGGCCAACCCUGGAGGAAGGCCCAAGGAGCCUCACCUCCACAGCUACAAGGAAGCCUUCGAGGAGAUGGAGAGUGCCUCCCCCAGCAGCCCGACCUCCGGCGGUGGUGAGAUUUCUCCCCCCACCCCAGCCUUCCCUGUCUCGCCACAAACCCCUUACUCCGACUCCCUGCGUUCUCCACCCGGCCUGGCCAAGACCCCUCUCUCAGCACUGGGGCUGAAACCCCAUAACCCAGCUGACAUCCUGCUGCACCCAGUGGGAGAGCUAGAAGGGGAGGCGGGAGCUGACUCUGAAGAAGAGCCUAGGAGCUAUGUUGAGUCAGUGGCCAGAACGGCCACAACUGGCAGGGCAGGGAACCUUCCAGCUGCCCAGCCUGUGGGCCUGGAGGUGCCUGCCAGGAAUGGUGCCUUUGGCAACUCCUUCACCGUGCCCAGCCCCAUCUCUACUAGCAGCCCCAUCCACAGCAUGGACGGUGCCUCGCUCCGCAGCUAUCCAUUGGAGGGCAGCCCCCACGGCACAGUUACACCUCCCCAUGCUGUAGCUGAGCCAGCUUACCGGUCACCUAUCGUCUCACAAACGCCAUCUGCUCACAGCAGCUACCAAACUUCGUCUCCAUCAUCCUUCCAAGCGGGAACGCUGGGCUCUCCCUAUGCCAGCCCUGACUACCCUGAUGGCCGAGCCAGCUUCCAGCCGGACCCCCAGGUUCGGCAGCAGCCACAGGUCAGCGUGGUGGGUGUCCAUGCGCUGCCAGGGAGCCCCCGCACCCUACACCGGACAGUGGCUACCAACACACCACCCAGUCCUGGCUUUGGGCGAAGAGCUGCCAACCCUGCUGUUGCCAGCACGCCCGGCAGCCCUGGGUUGGGCCGGCACACCAUGUCCCCCCAUGCGCCACCAGGGAGCCCCAGCCUUGCCCGGCAUCAGAUGGCAGCCGUGCCUCCCGGCAGCCCUAUGUACGGCUACUCCAGCCCAGAGGAGAGGCGCCCAACGCUGUCCCGGCAGAGCAGUGCGUCCGGCUACCAGCCUCCCUCCACGCCAUCUUUCCCCGUCUCACCGGCGUACUAUCCUGGCACCAGCACUCCACACUCCUCCUCCCCGGACUCUGCCGCCUACCGCCAGGGCAGCCCCACUCCACAGCCUGCACUGCCUGAGAAGAGGCGGAUGUCAGCCGGUGAGCGCUCCAACAGCCUGCCCAACUACGCCACGGUCAACGGCAAGGCUUCCUCGCCUCUCUCCAGUGGCAUGUCCAGCCCCAGCAGUGGCAGUGCUGUGGCUUUCUCCCACACUCUGCCGGAUUUCUCCAAGUUUUCCAUGCCAGACGUCAGCCCUGAGACUCGUGCCAAUGUGAAGUUUGUGCAGGACACUUCUAAGUACUGGUACAAGCCAGACAUCUCCCGGGAGCAAGCCAUCGCACUGCUGAAGGACAGGGAGCCAGGGGCUUUCAUCAUCCGGGACAGCCACUCCUUCCGGGGAGCCUAUGGCCUUGCCAUGAAAGUGGCUUCCCCACCUCCCACCGUCAUGCAGCAGAACAAGAAAGGAGACAUCACCAAUGAGCUGGUGAGGCACUUCCUCAUUGAGACUAGCCCACGGGGUGUGAAACUAAAAGGAUGCCCCAAUGAGCCCAAUUUUGGCUGCUUGUCGGCUCUUGUCUACCAGCACUCCAUCAUGCCUCUGGCCCUGCCCUGCAAGCUGGUCAUUCCUGACCGAGAUCCCAUGGAGGAAAAGAAAGAUGCUGUGUCGACCACCAACUCAGCCACAGACCUUCUCAAACAGGGUGCGGCCUGCAAUGUCCUCUUCAUCAAUUCAGUGGAGAUGGAAUCGCUCACAGGCCCCCAGGCCAUCUCCAAGGCCGUGGCAGAGACACUGGUGGCCGACCCCACACCAACUGCUACGAUUGUUCACUUCAAAGUCUCUGCACAAGGCAUUACCUUAACGGACAACCAGAGGAAAUUGUUCUUCCGACGACACUAUCCUCUCAAUACUGUUACCUUCUGUGAUUUGGACCCCCAGGAACGAAAGUGGACUAAAACUGAUGGCAGUGGUCCAGCCAAGCUCUUCGGCUUUGUGGCCAGGAAGCAAGGGAGCACCACAGACAACGUCUGCCACCUCUUUGCAGAGCUGGACCCGGACCAGCCAGCUGCGGCCAUUGUCAACUUCGUCUCCAGAGUCAUGCUUGGCUCUGGCCAGAAAAGAUGAGCUGGUGCUUGCGGGUGAUUCUUGAAUUUUGGAGAAGGACUUGGAGCUGAUCCGAGAAGGAGUGUGAGGAAGUGCAUUGUGGGAGAGGGAAGUGAAUUGGGGGGGGGGGGAAGGGUUGGAAUUGUGGAGGAAAACAGCAAACAUUGACAAGAAAACAAAACAAAACCCUAAAAACUUGACACAAGCUAAACACACACAUAGAAGAAUCAAACCACACACCUAUGUAACAGAGCCAUGAAGUCAACGCCAAACAGGGAGAGGAUGCGGAUGCAUGUCCCACCACAGGGAAGGUGACCAAAGUGAAGAUGGCAGCAAGAGGAGUUCCCAGCUUUCGGCAUUGCAGUCCUGAGGCCACACCAAGUGGUUAUGUUUGCUCCAGACCAAAUGCAUGGUUGUCAUUUGGAGGAAAAAAAAAAAAAGAGACAAAACAGUAAAAGCCAUGAAAGAAGCCUUCAUCGGUGAACGUCUGCUGCAUGUUUGACACAGCGUACAGAGGAUAACGCCCUGCUGCCAUGUGGGCCCAGGUCUGCAGGACACUGGAGGAGAUGCCGUUGGAAACUUCCCCUCGCCAUGCUGCAGCAGAGGGUCCUGCCAGCUUACACCGAAACCUGCUGGCCACCCUGCUGGGGUUUGCAACGGCUUGGUCCCGAAUCCUCUUGUUGCCUGGGUGCUUGGCUUUGGGCUACCCUCAGCUGCUGGCCCAUAGCCUAGCACAGGUGAGACAUCACAAGUUUCACCCACAGAGGGGCAGUGCAGCAUCUCCUCCACUCCUGGGCAGCUCCUGUGCUCCAUGCCUGGAAGAGGAGGAUACUCCUGGUCUGGUGGAGGAAGGAAGGCACCUCCUCGCUCAUCUUCCUCUUUUCCCUCCUGUCACCAGUCCUCUUUGACAGUUUUCUCCUGUGGCCUGUCACACAUUCUCUUAACAGGAAAAAAAAAAAAAAGAAAAAAAAAAAAAAGAAAAAUGUUACAAUAAUAAUAAUAAUAAUAAUAGCAGAUGCUUGCACAGGUGGGUUUCCUGUGCGGAGCAGUGGACCCGUGGCCGGCCCUAUCUCUCUCUUUGGAGAUGUGCAAGCAGUUUUUAAAUUGCAUGGACGUUCAAGUUGCACGAAAGGCGAAUGACUACAAGUAACUCAGGCGCUUUCUCUUGUUUUUAUUUUUGGAGGCCACGUUAAAAAAAAAGAAGGAAGAAAAAUUAUUUAGAAAACAACAACAACAACAACAAAGGAUCAACAAUCGCUGGGCAGCUUUGGCUCGGUGGGGAGGCCACAGGUCCUCUGAGAGCCACCCUCCGCCUUACCCAUGGUUGAAGGUUUGCACCCCAAAUGUACUGCAGGCUUUUCCCUGUAUGUGGGGAUGCACAGGGGCUGAGGGCCCUGUGCCUUUAUGGCUGAGCAUUGUGGUGUUGGGGAGCAGAGGUCCCAGCCCCAGAUCUGGCUCUGGUGGUGGUUGGUGGAGGGAGCAGUGUGCAGGUUUGGGGCAGAGCUGAGCACUGUGCUGCGAGCACAAAGGUUCAGAGGUUGUGUUUUGUGGUUUUUAUGUCUGGAGAAGUUUCGGUGCAGAGUGGCCCAGAUAGCCUGCUGGAGGCGAACAAUUAGACUCCUACUGCUGCAGCCCCCAGAGAACUUGCCUCCCUCGGACCACCCUUGCCUUGAUAGCUAUAAUAUAUAUAGGAGCUAUACUGACGAAAUACUGUAAGCUAACAAAAUUUAAAGGAGGAAAAAAAGGUUAAAUUGACACUCUGAAAAUAUUUAUUUUUUUGCCAUAUUUUGCUUUCCGCGCAUCGAUUCUCCCCCUUGUUCUAUCUGCCUUCCCCCGCCCUGGGGGUAAACACCUGCACAUCAGAAGCGAAUUGGGUGCAAGGGAAGCGCCGAUGGGGCGUGCAGGUGCCACAUGGGGGACAUGCGUGUGACCGUGUGUGUGUGUGUGUGUGUGCACGAGAGAGCGACGGCGUGGGCGCGGAGGGGCUGGCGUGGCCGGAGGCUGGUUGGUGUAUGGCAGGUGAUGGAUGCGUAGCGGGGAUUUGGGUGCGAGACUGUGGUGGGAUGCGUGGAGGACGGAGCCUUCUCCCCCUCCCGGCUCCCCCUAUCCACAUGGAUGCAAAGACCUUUUCAUAUUUUAUCUUUUUAUUUUUUAAUGAUGUUUCUAAAGCGAUUCCCUCCUUCUGCGAAAUUCAAGCGAGAUGAGAGAUGAUCUCACCCGUCAUCUCCUCACCCUGCCGGUAACCGAUUAGAGGAAACACUGUGUUUAUAGAUAUAUAAAUAUAUAUUUUUUUGAAAGUCUCUAUUUUUCAGACUUGGUUUUCUCACUGCUAAGAAAGAAAAGAGAUGAUAAUAAUGUAAUUUUAUUUUAAUCUACUGCCUCGGUGCUUGAGUCUCCCCUUCACCUUCCCGUCCCAUAGGGCAAAGCAGAUCGGAGCACCCAGAGGUACUGGUAGCAUCACGCCUGCUUCAAGGCUCCACAAUGAUGCUCAAGCUGGAGAUAUAGCCUGUGUCUGAAUGGCAAACGUUAACCAUUGUGUAGUUUUUAACAUAGAGUUUCCAAUGAUGUCAGCGGGCAUUUGUCAGCUCCCCUUAAGGCACUUUCCUUCUUUAUCUCCUUUUAAAAGUUACUUUUUUUUUUGGCUGUAACUCCCCACCAGUUGGGUUGUCGGGGACCCAGUACCGUGUCAAUAUUUUUCUUAACAAAAAGGAUGGAUGAGAUCCUUUGGUUUUUCUUUGGCUUUGCCAUGCAGUUGCGGUAUCAGAGAGUCGAGCUUGUGCGCGUUCACCCUGCUCAUGUCCCAUUGUAACCACACCACCGGGUGUUCUCUCUCUCACACACACCAACACAUCCCUCCUUCCUGCACAAAGAACUGCAUAUAUUCUUGCCAAAGAUAUCCUUAAAAACGCACUUUUCCCCACAUAUAUAUAUAUAUAUAAUUUUUUUUUUUUUUUUUUUUUUUUUUUUUUUUUUUUUUUUUUUUUUUUGCGUGUGUACAUUUGUUGUACGUCACCUUUUUGUGUUGAUUUGUUCUUUGGAGAACCUUCCCAUUCCCAUCCCUCCUCCCUUUGCUGUCGGUGUUGCUGCCUUACAGGAAGGCUCCUGGGGGUUUCCCAUCUGACCCGGUAAUUAUCUGGGGGUUUUGUUGUGUCUCUGUCUGCUGGAGGGAUGCACCCUUUGUGCAAUAAGUUGUUCUUUCCUAUUGGAUGCAACAAACCAAAUGAAGCCAGGUUUUGGUAGUUCUGGAUGUAACGCAUGCUGAUCAAGCAUGGAAUAUCAUAGAGUUGUGGAAUUGUUGGAGUUGGUAGGGAUAGUGGGGAGAAAACCUAGUUCCAGCCCCUCUUGCAGGUUGAUGCUGUGGGAAGGGAUCCCACAAGCAGAGCCAGGCUUUGUCCCAGCAUCCAGGAAACACCUGGAUGUGGCCAUAGCCUCUGGGCAUUGAUUUUUUUUUUUUUUUAGCAGUGAAACAGUCAAACCGGAGCACACCCUGCCCAGCAGGUUGGGCAGGUACGGAGCCGGCCGGCCCAAAAACCCAGACGGCAUCAUCGGCAAAUGGAACCCUUCCCGUUGGAGCAGGCAGGGAGAUCAGACAGCAGAAGAGCCCGCAGGGGCUUGUUUGAUUCCGUUCGUUUGUUUUGCAAAUUGCGAGGUUGGGUUGGGGUUACUAUUUUUUUUUUUUUUUUCUUCUUUUUCUUAAAAAGGAGAGGGGAAAAAAAAAAAAAAAAAAAAAGGAAACAACCCAACAUUUCUGUUGGCGGAUCCAGCACUGCCGUGUUUUGUGUGGUUUUUUUCUUUUUCCUGUUGUCUUUGUUACUUUGGGAAUGUUACAGAUUUAUUUGCUAAUCAGUGUUAAUGAACAGUUCAAGACUUUCAGACUUGCCCCUUUCUGUGUAUUUAUAUAGAUGGAAAAGAAAUAUGUUAUAUUUUGUAUCUUUGUGCCCAUGGCGUCGUCGCGCGUGUAAAGAUGACUUUGGUUGCACCAUGUCUGCGUGUGAAUGUGACUCUGCUUUUGUCUUCCCCUUUGUACAGAUGUCUGAUUCUCCGCAGUUCAUUGUAUGGCUUUAUAAAGUGGUAAAAACAAAAAAUCAGUUAUAUAAAAUAUACUGUUGCUUGGAAUGCC